GACAAAACUCACUUAACAACUGUCUUGCUUAGCAAUGGAAAUUUGGAGGCUUGAUUGUGGCUGUAGAUCAAGGAUUACCUAUAUGGCUGCUUUUUGUAAGAAGUUAAGUAAAUAUUUAUUAGCUUGUGGGAUUUCAGUAUUUUUUGUGUAUAUGUCCCAGGUUUUUAGCCCCCAUAUAGGUAGAUACACUUCGUUUUCAACUGUCUAAGCCUCAUGUAAAGAUAUUAGCAUUAGCUACCUCUUUUCCUGCAGCUUUAAAGGAUUCAGUGGGCAUUUCAUCUGCAUUUGAUGUAUUCCCGUUUGAAGCUAUUCUAUCGGGUCACAUUCUUGUCGAGCUAGUUCCUAAAUAUAUUCCCUCUCCCUUCAAAUGUCUUUGUCAAUUUACAAUCUCUUUUGUAAACGAUCCAAGUGUAGUCUUUUCAUCUUCCUUGAAUCUCAUUUUUCCAUUCAGAUAUUUUCUAUAUUUGUGUUGAAUAUUUUACCAUAGCUGAAAAAUUUCCCUUGAUUUUUUUUACUGGUACUUUUCUUUUUCUUGAUACUUGCCCCUGUUUAUUCACAACCUUAAUUUUUUGUGCCUUUUUUGAUAUCGAAUGUCUGUGUCCAGUCUUCAUACAUUCUUAUUUCCUUUCUUUGAUCUUUCCGCAGCUAUCAUGACAGCUUGAAUCCUUUUCCUUGGUAAAUUUUUGGUGGUUUUGGUUUGGUUUCCAUAGGAUCUUUUCUUACCAUACCUUGUCAGGUUUAGUUUUGCAUAAUUUAAGUAUAAUAAUCUGUACCUUGUGUUUCAACUAUAUAGCUCCCUAGGUCAUAUUUUACUGAUAUACCUUUUUUCUUUGAUUUUCUAAGUUUAAUCCAUUUGAAUAGCAAUAAUUUGUGGUUUUACAACCUGUAACAGGAAUUGUGUUACUGACUGGAUAGUGCUUUUUCAUCAGAAUGGUAGCUAAAAGAAGAUGGUACUGAUGGCAGAGAAGCAUUUGGAGAAUUCUUAAUAGAAUAAGAAACUUACUGUAAUUCAGCUACUGAGGCAAAAUAUGGAUUUCUGAAUGAAGUGCUGCUACUCAUUCCAUCAUAGUGUCAUUUAGAUUAGACUAUUAAGUUGUGAUUAAACUAAGUCACUCAGGGUGCUUUAUACAUAAUAUACAAAAUUCAGUAUUGAAUUGAUAGCUUCUAUCCAAAAGUGUAGCCUAGACUAUUUGCAGAUCAAAAAUGACUCAUUCUGUAAUUUUGAUGCUAAAGAAACCAAAGCUGCAUCAGAGAUUGUUAAACUCUUGCGGGAAACAUUAUGUUUUAGAUACCAUUAGAGUUGUGGCCAUGAUGGUCUGCAGAUGUUUUAUGUUGUCAGAAUGAAAAUCAGAUGUAGAACUCUGAAGAAUGACCCGUUUUCUCAAGUUAUUUUCUUCUUGCACAAUCACAGAAUGACCAAUGCCUGCCAUCGUAAAUGUGUUCCUCCACACUACAAAGAAGCUGAACUGUCAAAAGGAGAAUCCGUGUGCCUGGAUCGCUGUGUCUCCAAGUAUUUGGACAUUCAUGAGCGGAUGGGCAAGAAACUGACAGAACUCUCAAUGCAGGAUGAAGAACUGAUGAAACGGAUGCAACAAGGGACUGGACCUGCCUAAGCUCUUGCUUCCAGUUCUCCCAGCCUAUCUCUACAUCUUGUGUCUGGACUGGUGUUAAUUCUCGCUUUUGCCAAUAAAACAUCCAUGCUGUA